AUGGAAGCGGCCACAGAUGUUGAUUGGUCUGACUACAUUGAUGAGUUAUAUGUAAAUGAACUUCAUGCCGAUUGGUCUGAGCACAUUGAUGUUCCUAUUGUUGAUGCUGUGGUACCUGAUGUGGUCCUCCUUACUGAUGAAAAUGUGGAGCUUGAUGUGGUUUCCCUUGCUGCCAAAACUGUGGUGCCCCAUGUUGCCGAAAUUGUGGAGCCUGAUGUGGUUUCCCCUACUGCCAAAACUGUAGAGACUAAUGUGGUUCCCCUUGAUGAAGAAAAUGUAGUCUCCUUGCUGAUGAAACUGUGGAGACUGAUGUCGUUCCCCCUGGCAAAGAAGUACAUACGUUGGGUUGACUAUCUUCUGUUCAGCACCAGCUCUCGAAAAUUAAUUCUCCCUGGAGUUUCAGAAUCUUUCUGGUCUUUUGUGAAUGAAUAUGUAUCAGCAAUGAGAAAUUUGGCAUGUGAGGUACUGGAAAAAAAUAGUCGAAGAAUUGAAAAUCGGGCCAAGAGACAUUUUGAGCAGGCUUUUAAGGGAUGA